GUAGGUAGAAUAUAUUAGUUGAUCAAGUUGAUAAAAAGAAAGCAAGGGAAAAAAGGAUUCUGGGGUGCCGUCUCACCAGCUAAGCGAAGGGCUGGUAGUGUCGGGGAGGCCGUAGCAACUAAAAGAAAGGUAACCGACAAUGUCGUCACCAGCAGUACCGUACACAGGUGGUGACGUUAAAAAGUCCAUAGAGUUGGGUAAAAUGUUCGACAUCCCAGUGCUCGAUCAUUCCUCACCCACUGCUAUUCCUUCAAAUCUCAACUCCAAGCAGCACCCGCAGCUUCUGCAACCCUCAUGUGUUUCUUCUUCUCAGUCCAACAGCGGAUCCAUGCGAUCUGGGUCCAACUCGGGUACUAUCAGGAAAUCUUCUGGGACCAUUCCGCUUCAGCCUUCUGGGUUCAUCACUUCGGGUCCCCUCAACUCCGGUUCCAGGAGGUCAGGUCAGAUCGGUCAGGCGGAGGAAGCCGUUGCUGUGUCGGCGAAUGAUGGGUACGGUCCAGGAGUGACUACUCUUGGAGAAGGAGUGGGAAUUGGGUUUAGAGUGUCGAAGGCGGUGGUUUGGAUGGUGGUGGUGGUGGAAGCGAUGGAGUUGGUGGUGGGUGCGUUUCUAAUGGUGGCUGUGAAGAAGGUGGUGGUUCUUGGGGCUGUGGGUGCGCUGGUGGUACCCAUGGGAUUGGGAUUAGUUUGGAAUUGUAUUUGGGGAAGGAAAGGCUUGUUGGGGUUCGUGAAGAGCUACCCAGAUGCUGAGCUUAGUGGCGCUGUUGACGGCCAAUAUGUUAAAGUUACAGGGGUUGUCACCUGUGGACAGAGUCAGGUUUUUCUGGGGUCUUGAAAUGAACAUAUUUGGAUGCUCUUAAAGCAGAUUCUAAGGACAACCCACAUUUGUUCUUGAGGUAUGAAACUGUAAAUGAAUGCGCAUUUGAAGAACUGGAGAGGCGUCUGAGAAUUGUUAGAGACUGAAAUUCCUAAAAGACUGCGACUUUGUGUGGUCCUCCCAUGGAGAAUUGUUUUGCAGAGAAAGUAAAACAUGGGAAAGUGUAAUUAAGUUAAAAAGACAAGGGAUUUACCUGGUUUUGGGUAGAGAAGAAAAUGGAUUUCUUCUCUGAAAUUUGAAUGGAGGCAGCUUCUGGGUUUUAAGGAAGAA